AAAUAGAUGAAGCCGCAGCAAUGCAGCUGGCAGAAAUGGGUUUUCCUCUCGAGGCCUGCAGAAAGGCUGUCUACUAUACCGGCAACAUGGGCCCAGAGAUGGCGUUUAACUGGAUCAUAGCCCAUAUGGAAGAGCCUGACUUUGCAGAGCCGCUGACUUUACCCUCCAUGAUGGACCCGGGACCCUCCACUAGUGAUAGUCCCAUGGGGGCCACACCUCUGGACAACUCUCCUCCUGAAGAGAGCAUCUCCAUCCUCACAUCUAUGGGCUUCCCUCGCGCACACAGCAUCCGGGCACUCAAAAACACGAACAAUAACCUUGAGCGAGCACUCGACUGGAUAUUCACCCACCCCGAGGAGGAGGAGAGUGACGCCCUCUCAGACAUGGUUGACACAGAGCCCAAUGACAACGCCUUCUCCAACGCCAACUCCCACAGCGACUCCACACUGUCCCCAGACAGAGACACAGCAGGCCCCCGGGUCAAAGAUGGACCAGGACGUUAUGAGCUCUUUGCCUUCAUCAGUCACAUGGGAGCAUCUACAAUGUCAGGGCAUUAUAUUUGUCACAUCAAAAAAGAAGGAAGGUGGGUUAUUUACAAUGACCACAAAGUGUGUUUGUCAGAAAGGCCUCCAAAAGACUUGGGUUACAUCUACUUUUACCGUCGACUGUCGAGCAGUUAAAGAACCACAGUCUCUGAGACUGGUACACGACUGUAGCAGUGGAAGCAAUGUACAAAAGAAAUUUCAGACAACCAGCUCCUCUUGAUGUCAUUCAGGAAAACAACAAAACUAAUAAGAAAGGGAAAGCUUCUUGUGCAUUUGUGUUUGCUUUAUAUGUACAUUUCAGUUUUUCGUGUAUGUUAAAGUAUAGAGGGACAUGUGCAAUUAAUGCUGCUGGAAAACACAAACCGCAUAUCAAAACCCAUGCCUUGAGCUACUCUGCCCAGAUUUUUAUGAUAUUUUUUGUAAAUUCACCCUAAAAUGCUUACUGCCAGCCCUCAAAUGUUAAAAAGAAUGCUGCUUGUGGCUAGUAUUUGAAGCUACAUUUUGAAGAAUGUCCUGUACAGACACAUUGGUGUGUUUGGACACCGGAGAACAAACCAUAUGAAAGUUUUGUCUGAAUGAGAGCAUCAGGCAUCCAUAAAUAGUUGUUAAAUAUACCGCUGUAGAGUAUACAGUAUUACUGCCUGAUGAAUGGCUCUGACCUGCCCCACUUUCAGCUGGUUAUGACGCAAGUAACUUAAGAUUUAUUUAGAGUCAAGUUAUUCUUUAAUGCAGACCUUUGUCAGCCACAGGAGCUGACAACAGGCAGAUCCGUCACAUACAAACAAAGCACUUCAGCUGGAAUAAUAACACACUUUGUACCUGACUAGACUGGAGACUGGAGUCACCUGUUGUAAACAUAUGAAUGAAUGUGGAUCUGAAACCUCAUUGUUCCUUAAACUGGACACAUGCUACAUUUAAAGUGAAAAACAUGCUUACCUUGUACAAACCAGCUACAACGCUUUAAAAGUGGAUAGUGUAACUUUUCUGGUGGAGGGUAUGCUGCAUUUUUUUCUUUAUAAAGAUGUUAUUACUUUGCUUGGUAUGAUGCAGUAUGGCAUCAUCGUAGCAGUAAGUCUAGAGUUGAUUUUAUUGUUCAGAAAUACCUUUAAGAACAUGCAUUCUUGUGUGUGCCGGCCAGCUCCUACACCGAACUGGUCUGUACCUUGGCCUGCUUGUCUCCAUCGAGAUAGCUACAUUUAAUGCCUUACUGUGAAACAUUCCAGGCUAAAUAGUUAAGUACAUCUACUAGAACAUGGAGAUAUCAUGUGGUGUACCCUUUCCAAGAAAAGUUACGCAGUGCACCUUUAAUAUAACAGUUUGCAGCCGUUCACUGGUUGCCUUCUCUUAUGCACUUCAAGUUUUCAAGAUAAUAUGCACAGUAGGCAAGUUGACCUAAUAUAGCGCACUUUUAAACAUUUUAGUUAUAUGAAACUGCACAACUAUCUUUAUGUAUACCAGAUAAAUAAAAUGAUGCUGUGUUGAAUGUAUUCAGAAUAAGGUGCUCCCUGCAACUUAAACCUCCCUCUUAUCUUCAAUACUCAACAUUAUAAUAUUACAGUAUAACCUCAUCGCUAACUCUGUAUGUUAUAUUUUGCCAUGUACUCCUCUGCAUUAUCAUUAUCGUCAAAAGCAUCAUAAGAUUUGAAUUCUUCUUAUAUAGAAACACUGUGGAUCAUCUCUCAUAAUUAUUACCAGCUACAGUUCAGAGCCUAUGCAGUGCGGAGGUGUUAACAUAUCUCUAUGCAAGUUUUGUGUUUCAGCUGUUCUUCCAAUUCAGUCAUUUUUACUCAGAAACCAAAUGUCUAUUGUUUGGCACCUCAAAACUAAAUAUGUUUUUUGUUGUAACUGGAUAUUGAUAUAAGCUGUUGUCUUGUUUAGCAGUGUAUUGUCAUGAUCUGUAACUGUGCAAUGUUUCUUGCUUCUCAGCACCUUUAUUUCUCUAUUCUCAGUUAACAUCUUUCCUGCUUUCCCACUUGCUUCAUCUACAAUCACUUUCAGCUGUUGUUAAAAUUGCCAGGCCUUUCACUGUUGGCAUGUGCACUAAACCUGCAUUUAGACAUUUCGAUUGUACAAUUGUACCAUUUGAGUUUUUCUCCUUUUCAAUUGACUAAAUGUCAAGAAGGUUCUUUAUCAGUUUUUACUCUGUUGCCUUUUUGAAAACAAGUUUGUGCCAUUUUAGUUU